AUGACUUCCACAGCGGACAUCCGGGGCGUGGCCGAGACAGACUACGCCGCAGCCUUGGGCGUUGAGUGGCACAACGUCAUCGCAGAGCUUGCGCCCGCACAGGCGGCACCCACCUACCCAGCCGACGACGCCGCCACGGUCAUCAGCGCCAUUGACACGGGCGCCGUCGACGCGGUCACCCACGCCAUCGUCGACCUGCCGCGCCUCGGAUGGGCGGCCGAGACGGCGCCAUCCAGCACCCUCGGCAUGUUUGCACGGGUCUUUUUCGCCGCCCUGCUUGCCGGCGAGUCCAACGUCCCGCCGCUUGCUGGGCUUGCUGGCGGGGGCGAGCGGGCGGGAUUGGCAGCACCGGGUACCGCCACCGUGACGGCGGCGCGACGGUUUGUGCUUUUGGCGGCUGAGGCCAUUGCGCUCAAAGCAGAGGCGGCCGACGGCCACAAAGGCAAAAACCACGGAUGGGUGGUGCUGAGCAAAGGCUUGCGGUCCGGAUUUGUCGGCUCGGUCCAGCAGCUGCGCAUCGCCGCGCUCUCGCACGCCACACUGCGCGCCUCACCGCCCGCCAGCGCCCGCGAAGAGUUGCUGCUCGCGCUGGCAGCGCUCGAGACGGAGCAGGAGGCGGACACCUGCACCGAUGCAUGGGUAACUGCUGGGAGGAUGCUGCUUGCACUCGCGCCGCACCCGGGUCCUGAGCUCGAUGGCGUGGCUGAGAUGGCGGCGAGCCGCGGCCUGUGGCGCGGCCUGCGGCUGGCCAUCAGCGUCGGGCGGGCAGGCCGACUGCACGUUGUCCAUCCAAUUCGUGGCUCGGUCCUCCAUGCCUUGGCCGCGGGCGGUGGCAGCCGCCGCCGCCCGCGGCCAAGGCCUGCCGCCGCCGAGCUCGAGCUUGCCGCCGCCACCGUUGCGGUGCUCGAGGGGGUUGUGGCGCAGCGCGCUGGUCUCACCCCCAACGGCUGCAGCGUCAUCGGCCAUAUGCUCUCGAUGCAGCGUGGGUACGACCGCGCGCGCCCAAGCAUGCUCGCACGCGCAACGCGGUGCGCCACCGUCCGGGCACUGCUCGAGACCUGGGCGCACAAGACCGCGGCGGUGCCAGAAAGUGCGGCGCCCGAGCUCGGCGCCACCGCCGACGACGACCCGCUUACCCGCCAGCUGCAGGAGGCCUGGCUCCGGGUCCAGUCUGUCAACCGGAGUCUUGCCGGCCCGCUAGACCGCUUGCUGCUGCCGCGCAGCAAGCCCGAGCCGCCGCAGCUCUUUCCACGCCUCGGUGAGGUCGAGCCCGGCAUGGUGGCCACCGAGCAGUGGCUUGCCAUUCCGCUGGCCCAGCUCAAGACGGUUGUCGGCCGCAGCGGCCGGGUCAUUCGCCCGCUGCAGCGGAGCCACGGCGUGGUGGUCCUCACCCCCGAACGCGACGCCGUCGUCUCGCCGCCGUCGCCAGCCGCCGCACCGACCCGCAUCGUCGUUCUCGCCAUCCUCGGCAGCGCACGCCGGGUCCGCAACGCCGCCGCAGAACUUGUCGGCCUUGCGCGCCGCGGUCAACGCCACGACCAGCACUUCCGCUCGCUGCGAGCAAGGACCGGCCAGCCGCGCACGCUCUAA